UAUACGCACGUCAGUUUCCAAUUGGCGCGUCUUUGGAUAUUAAUAUUACUAAUAUUUAGUGAAUAUUCACAUGUUUUCCGAAUAAUUUUUUUAAAUGGAGACUCCGAAAAGUGUAAGAAAACCAAAACUUACUCGCAACCCAACACCUCGACUAUCAGAACGAAAGAAAAGCUUAUUCUCUGAUAGAGAGACCAAAGAGGCGGGAAAUGAUAUGUUGGAGGGAAUCAAAUUGCUGGAGUCAUCCGAUACUAAUACGGAAAGAAAAUCCUUCAUGACAGGGAGUAGGCGCAGUAUUGAGGGCCUAUUGGAAUCAAAUUGUUCACGUGCCAUUAGUUUUCUUAAUGAUGUUUCAGGAGAUGUGAAGAACGCCGAAUGUGCGACACCUCUACGAAGAAGUCCUCGUAACAAAGGAACCAAGAAGCUAUUUCAGAAUUGCCCUUUAAAAUCCGUUAGUGGUAAAGAAAAUACCCUAAACUCAGAUGCUGAUGAGCAAUUACAAAAAAUGUUCAGCAACUCAAUGAGGAUAACGUCAAAUAAUGGCCAAAAUACAAAAAGUGAGUUACAAAAACGACACCAUGGUGAAAUAGGAGAAACCACAGGACUAAGUCCAAAUAAAAAACACCCGAGAUAUAUUUUAAAUGAUGAUGUGCUUUCUACGAUUUCAACAAAAAAAUUUUAUUCUGCAUCGCGUUCAAGUCCUGAAAUACAGAAAGUUUGCUCUAGCAUUUGGAAGGAAACUAGUACUGCAACAACGAAUAAUAAAAAUAUAUCGCCAAAAAGUCGUGGUCGCCUUGAACGUCGGGGUAUUCGACGAGUAAAUAUUAACAAAGGCGUGAAGCAUAAAAUUCGACGACCUCCUAGACAAAAUGUGUCUAAAGGAAAUAAUUACAUAGAUACACUUUCUUCUGUAAACAUAGAUCUGAUAUUAAAGAAUGUGCGUAAUGAAAACUUGAAAAAUCGUAUUGCAUUGAAACGAGAACAGCGCCAAAACAUAGAAAAGAUACAUAACAUUUUUCGCUCAUGUAAAAAUCCUAUAGAAAUGGCCCGACCACUCACUGUUUUAUCAGGCACAGAUGACACGAACAAUAACACAUCGGAUUAUGUUUUGCCUUCGAGUGCAAAUAAUCAUGAUUUUAAAAUUGUUGAGAUUGAUACAGAUUUUUCGGAUAUAGAAAGUAAUUUCGAUGAAUAUGAAGAACUAUCAAAUGCAGAGGAAGUCAUACCAAUAAUUUCUCAUCAACCUACUACUAUUGAAGCAACAAUAACUGAAAGUGAAACUGAAUCACGAGCAGCCACCUCUCCAAUCAAGCGAAAAUUUUUCAAAUCUGGUCGUUCUAAUCAUACCCCAAAAGAAGUUCGUAUUACAGAUAAUAUAAAAGCUUCCAUGUGUAAUGGGAAAUUAUCAUUGAUACAAGAAGAAAAGAAGAUAAAGAAAAAAUUAAAACGACGACCCUCAACUACCUACGAUAUCACAGAUGAACAAGCUACUGUUGAGGCGAUUUUGAAAAAUUUGGACGAUACUGCAUAUGGUGAUGUGGUAGAAGGCGAUAAUGAAAGCGGAGCCAUCAAUCAAUCUAAUUCUGAACAAGGCAAACAAAAUCAGCCUGUAGAAUCGCUUAGCAUUCAACUUGAAUCUGAGAUCGACUAUUCGCAUUUUCGUAAACGAUUACCGUACAAUACGACUGAUCCCUCAGUUAUAGAACAGCAACAUUUAUUGCUUGACUUCCUAAUCAACAAUAACAUGUGCACAGAAGAAAACUUCACUAUAUUCAUAGCAGAUCCCGACAAUCAUAAGGAGGAGGCUGCAAGAAUCGUUGAUCAGGUAUUUGUGUUGGUCAAAGAGCAAGAUUGCUUCCGACAACGGAUACCGUAUAACACGAGCGAUCCAGAAAUCGAGAUGCAGCAACAUCGAAAGCUUGACUUUCUUAUUGAGCACAAUAUAUGUACGGAAGAAAAUUUUGAUAUUUUCAUUGCAAACUACAACCAAAGACGUAAGGAGGCAGAUGAAAUAACUGCUGCUAUUCGCAAUCAAGGUGAUGAAUUAGCAUCCUUAACCAGUUUGCAAGAUGUGAGUGAACCCCCCACGAUUCAGGACAGUGUCAUUGAUAAUAAUAACGGUUAUAAAAAUACGAGCAGCUUUGGAAAUUCACAAAUACUAGAGAAAGUAAUUGAACCUACCAGACGUAUUACAGACGAAACUUCACUGCCUUUGGCAACAGCUUAUUCUGCUGCUGAGACUAGAGAAAAACUUUUCCCUAUAUUUUAUAACCAAUGGUGCAAACCUUUACAAUUGAAAUCUAAGCGAAACAUACCCCGAACAUGGAAUUUAGGUCGGGGAAGUAAUCAAUACCAAAUCGAUGCAGGGCAAAAAAAUUUUGGUGCCCAUCAGUGUAAACAGUGCGGACUUGUUUACAGCAUUCACGAGCCAGAAGAAGAGAAAUUGCAUCGCGACUUUCAUGCUUCUUUGCAUUUGCUGCGUUUUAAAGGAUGGAUUGAUGAAGAUAUUGUGGCUAUAUAUCCCGAAUGGGGUGCGGAUGGUCGUAUAUUACGUAUCACUGAAACAUCACACAAUCGACGACAUGAACGUUUAGCUGACAUAUUAAAGAUUGUCGAUAAGGAGCUGGGAUUCGCCUCCUUUGUUAUUCCACAAACCUUUGUUGCAUAUUUGGCGGUACGAAAAUUUCAAAUUGUAGGAGUAUGUUUAGUUGUGCCCCUCGAGAAAGCAAAUAAGUAUAUUAAUGUUAAUGGAACUGAUUGUUGUACCGAAGAAGAGUAUCCUGCAAAGUGUGGCAUAUCUCGUAUAUGGGUCUCCCCCCUACACAGACGUCUGCAUAUAGCAUCAAAACUUAUUCACGCGGUUCAACAAAAUACCAUAUUUGGAGAGGAGAUCUCUCUGGAUAAGAUAGCUUUCAGUGCCCCAACAGAAAAUGGGCGUAUGUUUGCUCAAAAAGUAACACAUUUAGAUAAUUUCUUAGUGUACCAGUGAGGCAAGACAUGGUAAAUCAGAUGCAAGCAAUCAAUGCAAAUGCAUGAAAAUAAUUUGUUAAUAUAUUUCAAAUUGUAGUUUUUGUUUACUGUACAAAAGAAAAAUUUGUCUUCAAUUGCCUGAAAUAAUUUUUUAAAUAUUUUUAUUUGGUGUUUAGCUUAUGUACAUUAAAACAAAAAAUUCUUUAUAAAUCAAAAUAAAAGUGAAAUGAUUGCAAAGCUCA